CAGUCGAGGAGAACAUAUUGAAGUGUCUAAAAAGCUUCUUCUGUGAGAGGAAACGAGAGGAAAAACAGAAAAAAGAAAAAAAAAAGGAAACAGAGGAAAUCCCCCGAAAGGAAAUGCCAAUCGCAGCCGCUGGACAGCCAACGACUCGGGAGCCCAGAGUUUGCCCCCGGCUGCCCUCCACCCCGGAGCCUGUCCCUAAAGGGGCUGAUUUAUUCGACGAGGCGGGGGCGGCGGAGUCGGCGGAGCGAACAGACUACGGGGGCGCAGAGGGGGGCAGAGGACUCGGGGGCUAUAGUUACAGCCAGAGCGGCGCUAGGGGCUUUGUACAGCCCGGAUCCACCAACAGCUCUCCGCCGCAGUCCCCAGCCGCGUCCUCCUCUUUUCUCUUCCACCCCCUUCACGCCCACCAAAUGGCCAUGGAGCCCCCAAGGACUCGAUCGCGUUCUCGGUCUGGAUAUUACCAGCAGUACGGUGGUGGGAAUGGUAAUGGGAUUACAGGCAGUGGAGUCAUGGGACCUAACCAUCACCACCACCACAGCCACCAUCAGCAGCAGCAGCAGCAACUGCAUCCACAGCAGCAACACGGUGCCGGCUGCGCUCCGCUCGGAGCUCACAGCAACCACCCGGACAACCAGCAGCGAGCCCCGGGAAGUAACACCUCUCCCGGCAUUCAGAGGCUUUCUUCGGUUCCCGGAGCGCACCGCAUCCCGGCAGCAGGAGCCUCCGGCGGGUCUUACCACUGCCACCCAGACCAUGCAUACGGAGAGGAGAGCGAUAAGAGUGAGGAAAGCCCCAGUCCAAAGCGCCAGAGGCUGUCCAGUCAGUCCGUCUUGGAACAGUUGACCUCAUCCGCCCCCCCACCAUCCACCCCUUCUCCCCCCAUCCGCCCCUGGGAGUCAGGACCCCCAAGUCGGAGACAACCUCACCCCCACACGCACUACCACCAAGAGAGAUGCCUCACCCCCGCUCGGCACAGACGCAGCCCGCCAGCAAGGCGACAGCGCGGCCGACUCUCCAGACCCGCCCGUCACUUGCCUCCCCAUCACCACCCCUCCACCCAAGGCCCCGCACCUCGCCUGUCACCGUCGGAGCUCCAGGAUGAAAACUACCACCACAGCCACCACCCCUCCACACACCAGACGUACCCGACGCACACCCCCAGCUCCUACGGGCAGCCCCCCACAACCGGAGGCGGGGUGGCAGGUACCGAGGAACCCCGAGCUUUCCACCCCCCCACCUUGUCCCCACGGCUAUUGCACCCGGCUGCUCACCACCACCAUCACCAUCAUCAUCAGCAACAACAUCACGCAACGCAACAGCAGCAAGGAGCCAUGGUCAUGGACUUACAUGAACAGCUCCAGCAGGGCAGCGUACCAGUCUCCUACACAAUGACCCCAGUCCCUCCUCACGGCCUCGCAGCUCCUUUGUGCAGCGGUCAACAUCUUCCCCCUACCUGUUCUUCACAACAACAGGUCCCCGCCUGCAGUGUGGUCUUCAGCACUGGACAACACUACCACCCGAUGCUACAGGCUUGUUCAAUGCAACAUUUGCCGGUGCCCUACGCCUUCCCCUCGCUGCUGUCCAGUGACCCUCAGUUCCUGCUUCCCCCUCCACCCCACCUCUCUCAUCACCCGCCCCACCUCCCCACACCCGGACAGUUCCUGCCUUUCCAAACGCAACAGCCAAGAUCGCCCUUACAGAGGAUCGAAAACGAGGUUGAACUUCUAGGGGAGCAGCUUUCGGUGGGCGGAGGCUUUAGCUACGCCCACCAUCACCACCACCACCAUCACCACCAGCCUCCCUCCACAAUACCGCCCUCCACACCACUCCAGUUCCUCUCGCACCAUGACCCCUUGUCACAGGAGCUCUUUACAGUGCCCUAUCCUCACUUUAUGCCUCGCCGAUUCACAGGCCGGCGUUACCGCUCUCAGCAGGCUGUUCCCCCGUCACCAUACCACCCCAGCUUCCUGCCUUAUUUCCUGUCGAUGCUUCCCGUCCCCCCAAAUGUUGCCCCCACUAUCAGUCUAGAACUGGAUGUGGAUGACGGAGAGGUAGAGAACUAUGAGGCCCUGCUGAACCUGGCGGAGCGUCUCGGAGAGGCGAAGCCCCGUGGUCUAACUAAGGCAGACAUAGAGCAGCUCCCAUCAUACAGGUUCAACCCCAACAACCACCAGUCUGAGCAAACACUGUGUGUGGUGUGUAUGUGCGACUUUGAGUCUCGCCAGCUCCUAAGGGUCUUGCCCUGUAAUCACGAGUUCCACGCCAAGUGUGUAGACAAGUGGCUUAAGGCUAACAGGACCUGUCCUAUCUGUCGAGCCGACGCCUCUGAGGUCCAGCGGGAUUCUGAGUGACCUCUUUUUACUCGUACCGACACACCCACAAUCCCUGACUCCCAUUUGGAUGCACCGACUACACAACAGUUAAACUUCUCUCCUUUUUAUCAUUCACCUCCACCUGAUACAUUCUGCCACAUAACUGGGACCAGCACUCUUUACUCCUUCACUCUUUAUCCUCCACGAAACAGUAACUCUCACCUGGGAUCUGCAUUUAGGGGUGUGGAAACUUCCUACUGAUUGUGCUCACUUUAUUGCUGGACUUCCUAGGCCUUGGACUUGGACUCUUUACGCCCCUGACUACUCUGCCUUCUGCUCAUGGUUACUCCUUAAAAUGAAUGGCCUUUGAAACACAUACACACAUUGGACAUACUGUAUGUACAUGUAUUGUUUUUUCCCCAUUUCAGACCCUUUCAAAACUGAUGUGACCCUGAUGAAAAGCGUCUGUAUUAGUUGUACUGGCUAACCCCCGAGGGAGAAUUGGCAGUCCAAAGAUUUGAUGAUAAUUUGAUUUGGUUUCAUUCUGGUUAUAAUCAAGUACUCACAUUUUUGCUUGCAGAGACCUAUCCUUUUCUCUAGACUCGUUCUAACUGACAGAAUCAAUCCUUUUUAAUUUCUGUAUGUGUAUUCUAGCAUUCCUCAUCGUGAGAGCAGUUUGUGUGUGUGUGUGUGUGUGUGUGUGUGUGUGUGUGUGUGCGUGUGCAUGUGCGUGUGUGUGGUGAAACAAAGAAUUUUGUACACUAGGUGUCAAAAAGUGAGCAACUUUGGAACAGUGAUAAAUACACUUUAUUUUCUCUAAAUGCGUAUGUGCGCCAGUGUGUUGUGC